GCCGCGCUCGGUGCCUCCCCUUUGGCUUCGGUCUGCCUGCGGGUGGCCUUCAAAGUCGCCGCCUUCCCGCCUAGCAUGGGACUGCCUCGCAGGGCGGGGGACACUGCGGAGCUGCGCAAGAGCUUGAAGCCGCUGCUGGAGAAGCGCCGGCGCGAGCGCAUCAACGAGAGCCUGAGCCAGCUCAAGGGGCUCAUCCUGCCGCUGCUGCCCAGGCGCUGGGCCGACUCCAACUCCCGCUACUCGAAACUGGAAAAAGCAGACAUCCUGGAAAUGACUGUGCGCUUCCUGCAGGAGCUGCCUGCGUCCUCCUGCCCCGACGCAGCGCCGGCGCCGUCGGACAGCUACCGCGAGGGCUACCACGCCUGCCUGGGGGGCCUGGCCCGCGUGCUGCCCGCCUGCCGGGUCCUGGAGCCGUCGGUGAGCGCGCGCCUGCUGGAGUAUCUGCGGCGGAGGGCGGCGGGUGCCAGCCCUGACCGCGGCAGCGCUGGAGACUACUCCCCACGCCCGCCCCCCGCCCCGCGCCGUCCCGGCCUGCGUCCGCCGGCGGUCCUGGCCUCUGGCGGCCCUGGUAGCCUCCUGGCCGGUCUACGCACCCUGCUGACUGCGAACCUGGAGCCUGGGGCUCCUGGCAGGCCGCGGAAGCUGGUGACAGCUCCCUUUCCCACUAUGAGGAACCAGCCCAGCACCCACGCCUAG